GGAGCAAUUUCCUGACUGCAGAGACCUCAGCGGCUCAGUCUGUAGAGGCAGCAAGUUUGUCUGCAGGCUUCCUCAUCAUUAACACAUCAGAGAAACAGAGAUAUCUUUUGCUAAUUUAGAUGAAUGGUGAAAUGCUGGGUUUAAACACAGGAUGGAUGUUGUUGGAUGUUUAGAAUGAGCUGAUCUUUUGGAUAUAGUAUCAUUUGAAAGAGUCCAAGAUGAACUGGUCUCCUCAACUGCGCCUUGCUUCCUGCACAAUGGUGAACCUCCUCUGUGUGUUUUCUUAUGACUUGCUGUCAUCUCUGAUUGUCAGUCAGUCUUCUUUUCAAUGUACUUGCGUGUCAGAGCUGACAGUCAAGAGUUCUAAUCUGAAGCUGUGUGAAAAGGACAAGCAAGUGUGUGUCACUGACAUUCGAGACUGUGGGCCUCAUUCUAUACAGAAGAGCCUGAACAUUUCCUGUUACUACCAGAUAUCACACAGAUCCAUGACAUGUGAGUGGAGUGAGGAGUCAAGCAGCAACACUAUGUCAGACUUCUCACUCGUCUUCAGGAGCAGGGACAAUGUCAUAUCCUGUCAGGGAAUCUUCAGCCCAGCAGCCAUCCUCAACAUCACAGCCAGGAUAAGAGACUAUACGAUGGGGAGUGAGAUCUGGUCAUACCCUCACACUGUGUUGCUUUAUGACAUAGUCAAACCGUCUCAACCAGUAUUAACUGUGCUUGGCUCCACUGUGGACUCUGUCCAUGUUUCUUGGAGAAGUAGCAGUCGUGGCAGCUGUCGACUUCGCUACAGAGUCAACCACACUCACAGAUGGACCCAGGCUCCACACGUUUUCCCCGCACAUCAAGAUCAGACAGUGACUUACAAGAUCAAAGGCCUCCUGCCAUUUACCGUAUAUAGAGCUGCAGUGGCCUGCAGAGGGACAUCUAACAUCUGGAGUGACUGGAGCUUUGAUGUCACUGCAAGGACACUGGACAGAGUCCCCUCCUGGCCCCUGGAGGUAUGUUACAGAGUAGAGAAAACAGACCUUGGAUCUUUUCUCCUUCACCUCAUAUGGAAGGAUUAUGACCUCCUUGUUCCUGGAGGUCAUAUCCUUGGAUACCAGGUGAGCUACAAGCCAGUGAUGAAGAAGCAGCAGCUUCAGGGCAGUUUGAUUCAAAACGUCACAGAGGGGACAGCACUCCUGGUGGUGCAGGAGGGGAACUGCAGUGUCACAGUUAGAGCCUUCAACAUGGCCGGCUAUGGACCUGCCACACACCUCAGCAUUGACACACAAAGACAUAUCACUCUCCCUUCAGUCAGAAACUUGUGGGUUUCCAGCACUUUCCCUGCCUUGAAAGGCCUUCUUGUCCAGUGGGAGAAGCCCACAGCCCCACCCUCUGCACCACCUGUCAGUCACUUUGUUGUUCAGUGGCACUCUGAGACUCGUCCAUCUACCAGCCGCUGGAAAACAGUGGACAGGUUCAACACCACCACUGUCAUAUUAGAUGUUGACCCCUCGAAUGAAUCUUACCUGAUCAGUGUAUUCCCUGUCUACAACCAGCAAUGUGGAUCUCCUCAGUCACUGCCUGCCAGUCUGCAACAGGGAGCUCUGAUGGAGGCAGUCAAUCUAAAAGUUUUGGGCACCACCAAGACUACAGUGACUGCUGCAUGGGAGUGGCAAAGGAAGUCCGGACCAGUCAGAGUGAACAGAUACAGAGUGAUGCUGAGGAAAGAGUCAGAGAGACAAACUCUGUCUUUGUGGCCAGACCAAUGGCAGCACAUCCUCCUCGACCUAAAACCCAACACUGAGUAUUCUCUUGUCCUAUUGGCUGAUAACAUUUCCCAGAACAUCAUCCCUGCAAGAACAGUCUUUGAUGAGGUACCAGUGGUAGCCGCGGUGACUCCUCUGCUGUUGCUGGCUGUUGCUGUGUUUAUCAUUUCUAUCCUGUCAAGGACUGUGUACAAGUCAUACUUUUUCCCACCCAUCUCCAACCCCAGGGGCAGUAAUACAGGCCAGUGGCUGAUGGACCCAAACCGCCAGAAAACUGCACAGAGAAACUUCCUAGAUAUAGAGGACUUCAGGGUAACUGAUGUACAGAAAAGUCUCAUCAUGGUCAGUCCAAUCUCUCUGCACUCCUCUGAGGAAGAUCUACAUGAAGACACCUCUCUGCUGUCGAUCAAUCAUGUCAUUAUCCAAAUGUCAGCUCUCAAACUGGACACAGAAUAUGUUUCUAAUGCUCCAGUAAUCACAGAGCGCCAACUGGUUUCUCUCCAAUCCUGUAAACCUGAUUACGCAAUCAACUGCCUUCAUCCGGACAGAGUUUUUAUAUCUGAAGAGAGCCAAGCGGACGACGCUGCUCUGCUCUAUCUGAUGCAAGAAGGUAACACCUUUUUUCUUCAGAAAGAGGAAGAGACUAGACAGACUGAGCUGACAAGUCAGAAAGAAAUUGCUUUGAAACACUGUUUUCGUGAAUUCAUAGCUAACAUGCACAGUCACUGUGUCUAUCAGUUGACCUGUGAGCCAGGAUAUAUAACAUCACAGAAUAUAUAAUCUCAUGGUGUUCUGGGGAAAAAUGAUAUUGAAACACUGAGUGGGCAGACCAACUGUUCUUAUCUGAUCUGUGAAACUGUUUAUCUCACAGUCACUUUAAUGCAAACACUGCAGACCAACAUAACUAAACGCUCCAGUGCUGCAUGAAAAACAAGAAUAAAAGCCUAUGGAAAGUUUGUGACUCCUUGUGGCUGCAAUGGCCAUUACACAGCAGAAAACAAAAUAGCUGGGUGAAUAAAAAACGUAGAUAACACAGCUGUACUAUAUCUUUACCUCUAGAGGGGCAAAAAGAAAGCUGUGGCAUGAAAUGAAAACAAUUUAUUCUCUAUAUGUUGCAGGUUUAGCUGCCCUGCCUCGGUGGAGGGCUUGUUGCUACAGUCAGUGAGACAUGCAACAGAUUUGUGAGUUUGAAGGACUGUCAGACACCAGAACAAUGCACAGCAGUUCAUGAAACUCUGACAUAGGGUUGUACAAUUUAUCACAGUGGUAUGUAUAUAUGUUGCAUUGUUGUUACAUAUGUUGUAUUUGGCCAUGCAGAAAGUUUAAUUUUAGCUCAGGAUUGUUAGCCUCAGCUUUACUUUGAACUGAAUUCUAACAAGCUAGCAUGCUAACACGCUAAUGUUAGCACAUAAUCUGCUAGCUUAAUAGCAUGGUUUCAUGGUAUUACAAUAUUAGGCCUACCAUGGCCUACCCAAAGUCGCGUGUGACCAUUUUGUCUCCACAUUUCUAUUAUACAGUAGUUCAACUGCCAACCAUGAAAAAUGGGGAAAAAACCCCCCAAAAAUCUUUAAAAAUAAAGGCUCACAGUAACAUGCUCAUGUUUAAUGCGUAAUGUUGACCAUGUUGUCAUGCUAACAUGUAUACAUUUGCAACAGUAGCAUGUUGGACAAAAAGUUACCAGAGAUAGUGAGAAUUAGUUACAUUAAGAAAUGUAAUAUUUCCAGUACAUUUCGGUUUGUAUCAGUGUCAGUGUUCAGCCAUUUUGCUGUUUCGAAGUUAUUUUGAUUUUAUAAUCACUGAGUCUUAGCUUGUGAAUUCUGCAUUAAGCUAAAUUUAAUAAAUGCCUAAGUAUGGCUGACAUUCGAUUUUGACAGUGGGGUUUGAGAUAGGUAAUUAUAAUAAUUAAAUAUAAAUAAUUAAUUUCUCAUUAAGUUCAUGUUUUGGUUAACUGUAAAAAAAACAAACAAAAAAAACCCCCAAAUCUUCUGUUACAGGUGUGUGAAACAGAUGAAAGAUUUCACCAUUUGUCUGGUAUCCUAACAGUGAGAUUUUCGUCAUUUGUUUCUACUGUUGCCUUUUAUUUGAUCAAUGGUCACACUGUUUAAGUUCAAACCAAGGAUCUGAAGUGACUGUCGCUUUCAAGUAAAGAGUGGAUUCUUUGUCAUCUCUCCCAUUUUGUACAGUUCUGUCUUUGCUUUUAAUUGUAGGUGUUACAAACGCUGUAUCAUUCCACAUACAGUGAGCAUUCAGAUGAUUUGGAGUCAGUUUAGACAGUUGCUGGUUAUUUAAAGCUAUGUGACCAUCUGCAGGUCUGCCUAAACUUGCUGGAGGUCAAGUGCUGAAGGUUAGAGGUUAGAGCUCAUGCCGAUCCAGUGUCUGAUGAGCUGGUGGGAGAUGGUCUGUCUGGGUGGGACAGUGAAGGCUGGGCGGGCUCCCAUGAACAAGGCCUCAAUCACCUAAACAAAAAAAAACAAUAUUAAGAUCUUGGCCUGUUUUUCAUUCUCCUACAGAGCAGACUAAUAUCAGGCUUUGUUUUUUUCUUGUCAUUUCCGCUGUUUAUUUAAAGCUCCAUGUUUGGGUGGGGAAACGCAGCCUCACUGUGAAUGGGCAGUCCAUUCAGAUGACAGAUGAUUUCUAUUGUUAAGUUUGUGUAAUAUAUUAAAUUGUCAUGACAUUUAUUCGAUGGUAAAAUUGUGGCUUGAAGUUUUUUCUUCCAAUAGAGCACACAUUUUGCUAAACUCUUUAUCUUUCAUUUUGCGUAUUUUUUUCAUUUAAUGUGAACGUUAUAGAUUAUAUUUUGUACACAGUAUGAAGUGUGUGAACAUGUGUGAUUGCCUGUCUUUGUGUGUUGACCCUGCAAUUGACUGGCAACCAGUCCAGGGUGUACCCAGCCUAUCGCCCAUUGUCAGCUGGGAUAGGCUCCAGCGCCCGCGCCCCCCCGAUGGAUAAAGCGGUAUAAAAAAAUGGAUGAAUGGAUAACACAAUAUGUAUUAUGAAUUACAACAAUAUCUUUCAAAUUGCUUAUAUUAUUGUAACAUUUUUACAACAUAUUCGUCAUCAUUAUUUCUGUUUGUAUAUGUAUAAGAUACAUCCUGUAAAUGUAAUUGAUAGUGGUGUAUUGAUUCUGAAACUGAGACUAAAACCACAAUACAAACAU